AUGUGCAUGCUGCGCAUGGUUCAUCUUCAAUUUGACGGCUGCAUAGUUACUGCCGUGUUGCUCUGCUGUAGCGAUCGUGUAAUGGAGAAUCCACCACGGAGGCGUUAUGGCGCUGACGACGCGGAUUCCGUGAACCUGAACGAGCGAGACGCCGAGGUGGACGAAGAGGAAUUGGACCGCUACAUAAUGGCGCAUGAGCGAUGCCAGGCGCAGCCAAGGAGGGGCCAUUCUCAACGAGGCCCUUCUAAACGAGGGCUUUUACAGCAAGGCCCAUCACAAAGGGGCCCUUCACAAAAGGGCCCUUCACAACGCGGCAGGCAGCGCAAGAAGCAGGCCCUUAUUUCAUCUGGCACAUGA